ACUUUUCAUAUCAAAAUGGACUCCAUUACAAGCUCACAAACGAACACAGUCAUACAACAUAUAUCGGAAUCAGUGUUCGUGGGAUUAUGUCGUCAAGUGGGGACCUCAAAACUAGUAGCCAUGAGGAGAGAUAUGGCGGACAUCUGGGAUAAGGUUAAAAAUCAAGUGACAAGUGAGGAUAACUGUACGAUGUUAAGUGGAAGUCAAAGAGAAGGAUUCAGACUGGAAACAUCAGAUGUAGACUUUAUGAACUGGCCAAAUAACCAUCGUGUGAUCUGGGAAUUAUCUCAGUCUCAGUAUUACAACACACACAGACAAACGCUGAUCCUUUGUGACCCUUCUGAUAGUCCACCAGGAUUCACUUUGUUAUAUUUACUGUCACCAAGUAUGUGCAAAUAUGUCCAGAGAGCCUGUGUUACAAUGUUUAACAAACAUUAUAUAUCUAGUUCUAAAUACAAAGAGAUCUUCCGUUCUGAUUUACAGAUCUUCUGUUCUGAUUUAUCACUUUUCACCACUCCACAUGGACCCUGUGGCAGAGGAACAGAUGGUGCCCCCUGUAUGUUAGUGAUUUUUGGCCUCCAUCUGCCUUCUCAUGGUUAGACAGAUGUUACUCAUGGCCCAAGCGUCAUGUUGUUAAUAAUAUAGUAAAAAAUGGAUGCCACUUUGUAGCAAUAAGACAUAAGCUAGGAAGAUAUGAAGACCAUGAAUGGAGAAUUUCUCCAAAGCAGAACAAAAACUAGUGAAUGCAAUGAAUCAUUGUCAAUUCUUAACAUAUGGCUUGCUUAAAUUAAUCUUAACAGAAAUAAUUAACAAUGGAGUAGGUGAUGAUGAUAAAUUACUGUGUUCCUAUCACAGGAAGACAGCUGUUUUCUGGGUGAUUCAACAAAAUACAA